AUGACGAGUCGCUUGUUCGAAUGGUCUGUGGUUCUAUGCGUGUUGAGUUUGGUGGUUGUAGUCAUGGCUACAACCACGCCAUGUCAUGCACACAAAAUUCCAAACUCUUUUGGCAUGUUGUCUCGUAAAGAGAUGAAACAAUUGUUGAGAGAAGUCAUGUUUGAAUUGAGUGAUGACAUGGCAUUGGAUCCAACUCCAGAGUUGAUUCCAUGUCCAUCUCCCAGAUUACGUACAGACAGUGAAAUCAGUUCAUUCAUUAGCUCUUUGAAUUCAUUAAAGACGAUGAGUGACAAGUUCACACAAUUUGAAAAACUCAUGUCCUCAUCAGUAUUGCCCUUCUCAACCAAACAAACCGUUUUGGUUGUGAAUACACUCAUGAAGCAAGUUCAAAAGUACUUGACUUUAACCAUGUUGCACAAGAUUGGAGAUUUGAAAUCAGCAGAUGCCAUUCUCUUCAUCAAGAAUGUUACUGAAAAUGCUUCAGAAAAGAUGGCACUUGUCGAUGCUCUCAAAAACAACAUUACAGAUGUCAUUGCCAACAAGGAAGUCAUUGCGAAUGGUUUGUUCAGUUCUAGUUCUGAGAGUUACUACAAACAAAACACCAUUACUGUAUUGAGCAAAUUGACGAGUCAUGAUUGUGUGUUUGGUCAGAUUUCAACAGAUCGUGUGGUCUUUGUGUUGGAUGUUUCUCCAUCGAUGGAUAACAAAAUUGCAAGAUAUUCGAAAUUCAGUCGAUUGGACUUUUUAAAGCAACAUCUUAUUGAAACUAUCAAGAAAUUGAAACCUCAACAAUCAUUUGAUGUCGUCUUGUUCUGUGAAAACGUUUCCACUAAAUUUGGAAAAUUCACACCUGCCACACCACAAAACAUUGAACAAUUUCUUUCAAAGGAAAUCACAACCAAGGGAUGUUCUGCAACCAACAUUGAAGCAGGAUUAAGAACAGGUUUUGAUCUCUUCAAAAACGAGACCAAGAUGACCACAGGUACCAACAGUGUUUACGUGUUCUCAGAUGGUAUUGCCAAUCGAGGAGAAUCCAAUCCAGACAAAUUGGCAGCAUUGGCCAAACAAUUAUCUGAACAGUAUCGAGCUAAAAUCAAUACCAUUUCAUGCACCAUGGGUAAUAAUUAUAACAAUCCUGAAACCACAACCGAACAAACUCAAGCAACAGCUUUAAUGCACAAGAUUGCAGAUGCUACAGGUGGUACAUUCAAGAGCUUGGCAGGUGAAUAA